UCAUCCAUUACACAUCCUCUAAACACACAAAAAAACACAAAAACCUUCACCAAAAAUGGCAAGAACAAAGCAAACCGCCCGCAAAUCAACCGGAGGAAAAGCUCCAAGAAAGCAACUGGCAACAAAAGCCGCCCGGAAGUCUGCUCCGGCGACCGGAGGAGUGAAGAAGCCACACAGAUUCAGGCCAGGAACAGUGGCGCUGAGAGAGAUCCGGAAGUACCAAAAGAGUACGGAGCUGUUGAUCCGGAAACUUCCGUUUCAGAGGCUGGUGAGAGAAAUCGCUCAGGAUUUCAAGACAGAUUUAAGGUUUCAAAGCAGUGCGGUUGCGGCUUUACAAGAGGCGUCGGAGGCGUAUUUGGUAGGGUUGUUUGAGGAUACGAAUCUGUGUGCGAUUCAUGCUAAGAGGGUUACUAUUAUGCCUAAAGAUAUGCAGUUGGCUAGGAGGAUUCGAGGGGAGAGGGCUUAGGGUUUUGAAAGUGGUUUAUAGUUAGGGUCUAUGUUGAUGGUCUGUUACUUGUUUCUGUUGUUGAUGAUCUUAUUGUAUGGUUUGGAAAUGUUAUCUUUGAAUGAAAACUAGUUGUUUUCUGCAGUUGA